CCGACCUACGACCGCAUGCGCAAGGGCAUCCUCCUCCCCGGCGCCGUCGACGACGUCGGCGGGGCCGGGCGGGAGGUGGACAUCCUGGGGCUCGGGCUGAGCGAGAGGAAGAACCUCAUCGAGCGCCUCAUGCGCACCGCCGAGGAGGACAACGAGCGCUUCCUCCUCAAGCUCCGCGACCGGAUGGAGCGAGUUGGCAUCGACAACCCGACAAUCGAGGUGCGGUUCGAGAACCUCAACAUCGACGCCGAGGCGUACGUCGGCAACAGGGGCAUCCCGACGUUCACCAACUUCUUCUCCAACAAGAUCAUCGACGUGUUGAGCGCUCUACGCAUUGUUUCCAGCGGGAAGAGGCCCAUCUCGAUCAUCCACGACAUCAGCGGAGUCGUAAGACCCGGCAGGAUGUCAUUGCUGCUUGGUCCCCCUGGGUCUGGGAAAACUAGCCUGCUCCUAGCCUUGGCAGGGAAACUGGAUUCGACACUCAAGGUGUCAGGGAGAGUGACCUACAAUGGGCAUGACAUGGAUGAGUUCGUCCCACAGAGGACAUCGGCAUACAUCGGGCAGCACGAUCUCCACAUCGGCGAAAUGACGGUGAGGGAGACACUGGCCUUCUCUGCAAGAUGCCAAGGAGUCGGAACCCGUUACGACAUGCUUGCUGAACUCUCAAGAAGGGAGAAAGAAGCCAACAUUAAGCCAGAUCCUGAUAUUGAUGUUUACAUGAAGGCCAUCUCUGUGGAAGGUCAAGAAAGUGUUAUCACAGAUUACAUCCUCAAAAUUUUGGGUCUGGAAAUUUGCGCAGAUACAAUGGUUGGUGAUGGCAUGAUCAGAGGCAUCUCGGGAGGACAAAAGAAGCGUGUGACAACAGGUGAGAUGCUUGUCGGGCCAGCGAAGGCACUGUUCAUGGAUGAAAUCUCCACCGGUCUGGAUAGCUCCACGACGUACCAGAUCGUCAACUCCCUCAGGCAAUCUGUCCACAUCCUCGGCGGCACAGCAUUGAUCGCACUGCUUCAGCCUGCACCUGAAACGUACGAGCUCUUCGAUGACAUUGUUCUGCUCACUGAGGGGAAAAUCGUGUACCAGGGUCCUCGAGAAAAUGUUCUCGAGUUCUUUGAGGCCAUGGGAUUCAGAUGCCCUGAGAGGAAAGGUGUUGCAGACUUCUUACAAGAAGUUACAUCUAGGAAGGAUCAACACCAGUACUGGUGCCGAAGUAACGAGCCAUAUCGAUACAUCUCGGUCAACGAUUUCACAGAGGCAUUCAAAGCCUUCCAUGUUGGCCGUAAGAUGGGCUCGGAGCUCAGGGUGCCGUUCGACCGAUCCAGGAACCAUCCGGCUGCACUCACGACUUCGAAGUUUGGUGUCAGCAAGAUGGAGCUUCUGAAGGCUUGCUUCUCUAGGGAGUGGUUGCUGAUGAAGAGGAACUCGUUCGUUUACAUCUUUAAAGUAGUCCAGCUCAUAAUCCUUGGGACCAUCGCGAUGACUGUAUUCCUGCGUACCAAGAUGCACCGGGACAGUGUCGAAGAUGGAGUGAUCUUCAUGGGUGCGAUGUUCCUUGGCCUACUCACACAUCUGUUCAAUGGAUUCGCGGAGCUCGCUAUGAGCAUUGCAAAGCUGCCCAUAUUCUAUAAGCAGAGGGACCUGCUCUUCUAUCCAUCAUGGGCAUAUGGAUUGCCUACAUGGGUGCUCAAGAUCCCAAUAUCAUUCUUGGAAUGUGCUGUGUGGAUCUGCAUGACUUACUAUGUUAUCGGCUUCGAUCCAAACAUCGUAAGGUUCUUCCGCCAUUACCUGUUGCUUGUACUGAUCAGCCAGAUGGCAUCCGGUCUCUUCCGGGUUCUUGCUGCAUUGGGAAGAGAGAUGGUCGUUGCAGAUACGUUUGGGUCAUUUGCUCAGCUUAUUCUUCUGAUUCUCGGUGGCUACUUGAUAGCUAGAGAUAACAUCAAGGCAUGGUGGAUUUGGGGCUACUGGUGCUCCCCUCUGAUGUAUGCCCAGAAUGCUAUAGCGGUGAACGAGUUCCUGGGCCAUACCUGGCGGAAGGUUGUUGAUCCGACCAUGAGCACCGACACACUUGGCAUACAAGUCUUGAAGGCGCGGGGCAUCUUUACCGACCCAAACUGGUACUGGAUCGGCGUUGGUGCCUUACUUGGAUACAUCAUGCUCUUCAAUGUACUGUUUGUUGUGUUCCUCGACUUACUUGACCCACUUGGAAAGGGUCAAAAUGUUGUUUCCGAAGAGGAGCUGAGGGAGAAGCAUGUGAAUCGCACAGGAGAAAACAUAGAGUUGCAGCUUCUUGGAACGGAAAACCGGAAUUCACCUUCCAAUGGAAGAGGUGAAAUCACUGGAGCUGACACCAGGAAUAGGGGAAUGGCGUUACCAUUUACUGCCUUGUCAAUCACCUUUGACAAUAUCAGAUAUUCUGUGGACAUGCCUCAGGAAAUGAAGGACAAAGGUAUUAAUGAAGACCGGCUAUUGCUGCUGAAAGGUGUAAGCGGAGCUUUCAGGCCAGGAGUUCUAACAGCAUUGAUGGGGGUCAGUGGGGCGGGUAAGACAACUUUGAUGGAUGUGUUGGCGGGACGGAAAACUGGCGGCUACAUUGAAGGAGACAUCAGCAUCUCUGGUUACUCAAAGAACCAGGAAACUUUUGCCCGGAUUGCUGGUUACUGUGAGCAAAAUGAUAUCCACUCUCCACAUGUCACUGUUUAUGAAUCCCUCGUGUACUCAGCCUGGCUUCGACUGUCCCCCGAUGUAGACUCGGAGGCAAGAAAAAUGUUUGUGGAACAAGUCAUGGAACUCGUCGAGCUGACAUCACUGAGGGGAGCCUUGGUCGGACUGCCAGGAGUGAAUGGUUUAUCCACAGAACAGCGUAAAAGGCUCACCAUUGCUGUUGAGCUUGUUGCUAAUCCAUCCAUCAUAUUCAUGGACGAACCAACUUCUGGACUAGACGCAAGGGCAGCUGCAAUCGUGAUGAGGGCGGUCAGAAACACGGUUGACACAGGAAGAACAGUUGUCUGCACCAUCCAUCAGCCAAGCAUUGACAUCUUUGAAGCCUUUGAUGAGCUAUUUCUGAUGAAACGGGGAGGUGAAGAAAUAUAUGUUGGACCCUUGGGACACAACUCAUGCCAUCUGAUCAGUUACUUUGAGGGAAUACAAGGAGUGAAGAAAAUCAAGGAUGGUUACAACCCUGCAACUUGGAUGCUAGAAGUGACUACCCUAUCUCAAGAAGAUGCCCUGGGGGUCAACUUCGCCGAAGUAUACAUGAAUUCUGACCUAUACCGGAGGAACAAAGCUCUGAUCAGUGAACUAAGCACACCUCCUCCUGGAUCGACGGACCUGUGCUUCCCAAACCAGUACGCACAGUCCUUCUUCACACAAUGUAUUGCUUGCCUGUGGAAGCAGCACAAGUCAUACUGGAGAAAUCCAUCAUACACUGCGACUAGAAUAUUCUUCACGAUGGUUAUUGCCCUCAUCUUCGGCACCAUCUUCCUGAACCUAGGCAAGAAAGUAGAUAAGAGACAGGACCUGUUCAACUCUCUGGGUUCCAUGUAUGCAGCAGUCAUUUUCAUUGGAAUUCAGAAUGGACAAUGCGUUCAACCGAUUGUAGACGUCGAAAGGACAGUCUUCUACCGAGAAAAGGCUGCCGGGAUGUACUCUGCUCUACCCUAUGCUUUUGCACAGGUUUUCAUUGAGAUCCCACAUGUCUUCCUUCAGACCCUUGUGUAUGGUCUGAUUGUCUACAGCUUGAUUGGUUUAGACUGGGCAUUUAUGAAAUUCUUUUGGUACAUGUUCUUCAUGUUCUUCACCUUCCUGUACUUCACGUUUUAUGGCAUGAUGGCAGUCGCCAUGACACCAAACAGCGACAUUGCUGCCAUAGUUGCAACUGCAUUCUAUGCAGUAUGGAAUAUCUUUGCUGGCUUCCUUGUCCCCCGACCAAGGAUACCAAUAUGGUGGAGAUGGUACUCCUGGGCAUGUCCGGUGGCAUGGACUCUGUACGGACUUGUCGCUUCACAGUAUGGAGAUAUCGCAGAUGUUAGGCUGGAGGAUGGAGAAGCGGUGGAUGCUUUCAUCAACAGAUUCUUUGGAUUCAGGCACGAUUACGUAGGUUUUAUGGCUAUUGGUGUUGUAGGCUUCACCGUUCUCUUUGCUUUUGUCUUUGCCUUCUCCAUCAAAGUCUUUAACUUCCAAAGAAGAUGAUAGAAGCCGCCUCAAAACAGAGUCAGCUUUGCUUCAGCUUGCUGCAAAGUGAUGGCAUUCCGGCAUGGGCGAAAGUAAAUGAGGAGACAAUAUACUGAUCAGUAUUAGUAGUUUCACUCUUAGGCAGCUAACAGUUUUCUUAGGCCAGUUAGUUCAAUUUUGUACAGUCUGUAAUUAACAGAAAAGGGGCCAUUGUAAUUUGUAAUCAUGUAAAAUAAUACAAUGAUGAAUAUUUUCAGAAAGAUUGUCUAUAUUUGGUUCAAUUG